AUGCGCAACAUUGUAAUUUUAGGAGGUUCUUCUCACCCACAAUUAGCUGAACAAAUCGCCUUAAUGGUUGGUGUACAACUUGGGCGUGUCAAGUUAUCAAAAUUUUCAAAUAAAGAAACAAAUGUAGAAAUUCAAGAAAGUGUUAGAGAGAAAGAUGUUUAUAUUAUUCAAUCAGGUUGUGGACAUGUUAAUGAUAACUUUAUGGAGCUUUUGAUUAUGAUAUCAGCAUGUAAAACUGCUUCUGCUGCUAGAGUAACUGCUGUGAUUCCUUGUUUUCCAUAUGCAAGACAACCAGAUGCUCCCUAUAAAAGAAAUGGGGCUCCUUUAUCGCGUAUGCCUAAAAAUAAUUUUACAGAUUAUACAUAUGACACACCAGCUAUACUUGGUUCAAUUCCUACAUCACCAUCAUCAUCUGAAGUAAAGGAUCCUCUCAGCGUUGCUUUUAAUAAAUUUAGCGUUCAAGAUUUGCCAUCGAAAAAUUCAGAUAAUAAUGAUGAUGAUAGUGAUAGUGGUUAUAAACAUUGGAUUGCACGAUCUGGAACCCUUAUAGCAAAUCUUUUAACAUGUGCAGGAGCUGAUCAUAUUAUGACUAUUGAUCUUCAUGAUCCUCAAUUUCAAGGAUAUUUUGAUGUACCUGUCGACAAUCUAUACAGUGAACCAUUAAUGAUCAAAUACAUAAAAGAAAAUAUUCCAAAUUGGAACAAUGCAAUAAUCAUAUCUCCAGAUGCAGGUGGUGCUAAAAGAGCUACUUCCAUUGCUGAUAAACUUCGGAUUGAUUUUGCACUUAUUCAUAAAGAACGACGUUCUCAACAUGCACCCCACAAAAUGGAUAUGAUGUUAGUUGGAGAUGUUAAGGAUAAAAUAUGUAUUCUGAUUGAUGAUAUCUCAGAUACAUCAUACACCAUUACUAAAGCUGCUCAAAUACUUAUUGAAAAUGGAGCAAAAAAAAUUUAUGCGCUUAUUACUCAUGGGAUUUUAAGCGGUGAUGCUAUUCAACGAAUACAGUCCAGUGUUAUUGAUCAGGUUAUUGUCAGUAAUAGUGUUCCACAGGAUGAACAUAAAGCACAAUGUUCAAAAAUUAAGGUUUUUAAUGUUGCUCUUAUUCUUGCUGAGGCAAUCAGAAGAAUACAUAAUGGUGAGAGUGUUAGUGCUUUAUUUAGUCGAGUGGAUACAAUAUAA